UUUGAGGUAAGCACUUUGGUUCUUCUCCUUUGUACUAUUCAAGAUUAAAGAAGCAACAUAGCGAGGAUACCUCUAACCUAGAGUGAGUGGCUCAUGAGAGAGUGGGUUAAAUAAAGCCUUCGUUAUCAAUUUAGCAACUGUUUGCCAGUCUCACCAAGAUUUGUAGAAUUUAUAAUAAGUAAGCCCUUUGGCCAAGAAGUCGUACUGAUUGCCAAGUUGUCAAAAUGUUGGCCUCCCAAACUGAUGAGAAAUAACCACAUAGAGUCUGUCUCUUCCUGAAUUGAUGAAGUAUGAGUCAGCAAAGUCUGGCCAUUUGUAUUUUCCUAAAGCUUGAAGAAUUAGUGAAAUUUGAAACUGAUUUACUCAUGUUACAGUAAGUUUACCAAGUAUCAGAGGUUCAUUACUUUUUUCUGAAAUCACCUGUGGCCAGCAGUGGGCUGCCAAUUAAGCUAUAACUAAUAAAAAGCUACCGAUUUUUGAGGCAAUCAAGGUAUAUGUUUGCACUCAGGAAAUAGGGACUUGUGAAUUUUUAAUUUGUAAAUCAUUAGAAGUUCAGAUUCUUGAAUGAUUUCAGCAUUAAAGGCUUCUGAAGAAUCCUAGAUGAGUAAUAUUUUUUAAGUAAUGAUAAUUAUUAUUAGUGAGACAUGGAUAGUGAUCUUUACAAAAUUCUUAAAUACUCUGGUUAACUUAUCUCCUUCUUUUAUAUCACUUUCAGAUCUUUCUUCUCUGUAUUGUCAGAAUCCUUUAAAAAUCUUAUCUGAAGUAUUUUCAAAAAUAACUUUCCUUUGAAAGUCAGUUUUCUAUUGCAAAUCAACAAUUCUAAAUGCUUUUGCUAUUAUGGAACAAAUUAUUAUCUGAGGCUGGAACCCUAUUAUGUUUGAAUAUGUAAUGAGCCCUCAGAUUACCAAAAGUUGACUGUAUAUGAUCGUCUAAGAUUUUGUCAGAAAUACUUUAUCCCCUGCCUUAAGCCUAGCUCCCAGCCAACUUCUUCACCAGACCAAGCUAGCCUGCAUUUGCAGCAAACUGCCACGGCCAGGAGAAACUUUGGAGGGCCAUCCCCACAAGGCAGUGGACUGUCCGCCCAGAGAUAGAUUUUAGGGAGAGAGAGGAGGAGAUGAAGUAGUGCAGAACUCCU